CAAACCUUUUGCAGCUUGGUUGCCCAAAAAAAAAAAAAAAAAAAAAUAUAAAAUUGUAAAGGCAAAGAGAGUACUUGUAAAUGGUAACAAUUUUCAAACCAACCCAUUCCAACCUUCCACAACAUCUCCCCCAAAUUUGGGUUGUAAGAAAUCAUCACAUGCUAAUCACAAACAACACCCUUCAUUCUUACUAAAAUUCAUCAUCAAAUCGCUGCUGCUUCCCACUGGCAUGUGCUCAGAUGCACACCCUUUCUCUCUCUCUCUCUCUACUCUGCUGCACCACUUCACCAGUAGUACAACACCAUAAUAAUAGUCUCCCUCUCUUCAACCCCCGUUGAAAAUUAAAUAAAUAUCAAAUUAUAAUCCUAAUUUUUAACCUCCUUCUUUCCUAGAUCUUCUCUUUUCUUAUUUUCUCUCUCCUCCCGAUCAUGAAAAUGAAACUCAACUCUACUACUAAUCCUCUCAUUUCUCUCGAACACAAGAGGGAUGCUUAUGGAUUUGCUGUUAGGCCUCAGCAUGUGCAAAGAUAUAGAGAGUAUGCUAACAUUUACAAGGAAGAGGAAGAAGAAAGAUCUGAUCGAUGGAAUAUUUUUCUGGAAAGGGUAUCCGAGUCUGUCCAAUUGCCUGUUGAUGGGGUAGCAGUUGAUGCAGCUGACAACAAAGAAGGUGACAGGACAUCUGAAGCUGAUACUAAUCAUCAAAUAUCAGAUGAAGAUUUUAAUGGAACUGAUACACCUAAUUCAGUUGACAAUGGAGAACAGGAGCCAGUGGUCCCAGCAGUAGAGGAAAAGAAAACUCACAAAGUUCAAAUAUGGUCGAACAUAAGACCGUCAUUAUGUACAAUAGAGGAUAUGAUGAGUGUUCGGGUAAAAAAGAUGAACCAUCUGUCUAAGAGAGGACAAGAUACUGAUCCUCAAAAGACUCUCAAAACUAAUGAAGAGGCUAAAUCUUCCAAAGGAGCACCGGAAGAUGAUUCGGAAGAAGAAUUCUAUGAUGUGGAGAGAUCAGAUCCUGUUCAAGAUGUCCCUUCUAUUGAUAGUGCUGCCUCACCUGCAACUACUAACCUUUUGGAAGGAACCAACUUAGACUCUAGUACUCCAUGGAAAGAAGAGCUUGAAGUCCUUGUUCGAGGGGGACUGCCAAUGGCCCUUAGAGGAGAGCUUUGGCAAGCCUUUGUUGGUGUGAAGGCACGCCGAGUAGAGAACUACUAUCAAAAUCUGUUGUCUGCAGAAAGUAAUCAUGGUUAUAAAACAAAUCAAGAAGAAAUAAAUGAUAAAGAGCCUGGUAUAGAAAGUAAAGGACGAUGUGAGAAAUGGAAGGGGCAGAUUGAAAAGGAUUUACCCCGUACUUUCCCAGGCCACCCUGCUUUGGAUGAGAAUGGUAGAAAUGCUUUAAGGCGAUUACUUAUAGCUUAUGCUCGGCAUAAUCCAUCAGUUGGCUAUUGCCAGGCUAUGAACUUUUUUGCUGGCAUACUGUUGCUUUUGAUGCCUGAAGAGAAUGCCUUUUGGACCCUUAUGGGUAUUAUGGAUGACUAUUUUGAUGGUUAUUAUUCAGAAGAGAUGAUUGAAUGUCAGGUAGACCAACUUGUUUUUGAGGACUUGGUGCGUGAAAGAUUCCCGAAAUUGGUUAAUCAUCUUGAUUACUUGGGCGUACAAGUGGCAUGGGUUACUGGACCAUGGUUUCUCUCUAUAUUCAUGAAUAUGCUUCCAUGGGAAAGUGUUCUUCGAGUUUGGGAUGUGCUUCUCUUUGAAGGGACACGUGUCAUGCUGUUCCGCACUGCCCUUGCACUAAUGGAGUUAUAUGGCCCUGCCUUGGUGACAACAAAAGAUGCGGGAGAUGCAGUUACUUUGCUGCAAUCUCUUGCUGGAUCAACUUUUGACAGCAGUCAACUAGUCUUGACAGCUUGCAUGGGAUUCCAAAAUGUGCAUGAAGCUAGACUGCAGGAAUUAAGAGAUAAAAAUCGACCAGCAGUAAUAGCUGCUAUUGAAGAAAGAUCCAAGUGCCUUCAGGCUCUGAAAAAUUCACAGGGUCUUGCUUCUAAGCUGUUCAGUUUUAAGCAUGAUCCUGGAUCUGUUGUGACAGACAAAUCAAAAGUUGCUGAUGAAAAAACGAAUGGCGAUACAACCCACAUGGAAUCUGGUUCAACUACGCCAGAUGAUUACUUUAUUGGUAUGACUGGAGGUGUGGACAUUGAUCCUGGUUUAGACCUUCAAGAGCAGGCGGGUUGGUUGAAGGUUGAGCUAUGCAAAUUGCUGGAGGAAAAAAGAUCUGCAGAGCUAAGAGCAGAGGAGCUGGAGACUGCAUUAAUGGAAAUGGUGAAGCAAGAUAACCGUCGACAACUAAGUGCAAGGGUUGAACAAUUGGAACAAGAGGUUUCAGAGCUACGUCGUGUCCUGGCUGAUAAGCAGGAGCAAGAAAGUGCCAUGAUUCAGGUCUUGAUGCGGGUUGAGCAAGAGCAGAAGUUAACAGAAGAUGCCCGUAGAUUUGCUGAACAAGAAGCGGCAGCUCAGAGGCAUGCUGCUGAAACUCUUCAGGAAAAGUAUGAUAAGGUUAUAGCUUCACUUGCUGAAAUGGAGAAGCGGGUAGUUAUGGCAGAGUCGAUGUUGGAAGCUACACUGCAAUACCAGUCCGGGCAAAUGAAAGUUCAACCUUCUCCAAGGUCACAAAACAAUUCUUCGCCUGCACAAAGUAAUAUGGAGCCUUCAAUCGAGGUGCCUCCUAGAAAAAUUAGCCUGCUGGCAAGACCUUUUGGACUUGGAUGGCGUGACAAGAACAAGGGAAAGCCAGCGAAUACAGAAGAGUCAAGUGAUAACAAGCCUGUUGACGAGGUGCAGAGCCCAGUCGUGGAGAAAGAAAGUGUUGAAAGUGAAGCUCCAGAGAAACCAUAAUAAUAUGAUUGUUGUUUAUACAGGCAAAUUGAUGAGGUACAUAGUCUGUAUUGUACUGGUCAAAAUCCAGUUCAGGCGGGAUACUAAUGUGCGGUCCAAUUAGUAUAGAUAAGUCUUGUUGGUAAUUUUUGAUUCAUAGUUGUGUACCCAGUGUAUAGUGUCAAUUUUGUAUUUGUUAACGAUAUACUAAUAAAAACAUUGUAGAAAUAUAGUUAGAAAGUUGCUAUAAAAAUGUGAUUGAUAUUACAAUUAUAACGACCA